UUAAAUUAGUGCUUCAUUGAUGUCCAUCAAUUCUUGACGGAACAUUGAUGCUUUUACGUCAACAUGAGAGCGGCUAUAUGCUGGAAGUGUGUAUUUCUAAUCAUCGCUGCGGCUUGCUACGGAAUUAAAGGCCAACAACAAUAUUUCCGUGUAAAGCCGCAGGAUAGUUCUGUAGUAGAGGGCCAAAGUAUUGAACUUCAGUGUCGAAUAGGUAACCAAGCUGGUAGUGUGCAAUGGAGCAAGGACGGAUUUGUUCUUGGCUUCGACAGGAUGAUUCCUGGAUAUCCUCGUUACAUAAUGGAAGGUAGUGGUGAGGAUGGUGUGCAUGAUCUCAGGAUAGAAAAUGCUCAAAUUGAUGAUGAUGGGGAGUUUCAGUGUCAGGUUGGACCAGCUGGUGAAAAUAAGGCAAUACGUGCAGACGUUGUGCUGACAGUCUUAUUACCUCCAUCUUCAAUCGUUAUUUCACAACAUCCGAACAGUAGCACGGUAGAAGUUUUGGAAGGAGAAAGUCUCACUUUGAAGUGCAUCGUCGCAGGCGGGAAACCAGCGGCUGGAAUUCGGUGGCACAGGAAAAAUAUUGAGCUCAGGCCUGAUAAUGUUGUAUACAAUACAGAAAGGGUGGAUGACCAUCGUGAAAACGCCAUCAGCACAAUCACUCUCACACCCACACCAGACGACAACGGCGCCCUCUAUAGUUGUGAGGCAGUACAUAGAGCCUUACCGGGACCAAUGAUAUCCUACGUCGAACUUAGUGUGCUUUUUCCUCCUGGUCCACCAGAAAUCGAAGGUUACCAAGAAGGGGAAACUGUGCGCAUGGGUGACACUUUGACCUUGGCGUGCGUUUCCCGCGGCGGCAAUCCUUUGGCCAAAUUAGUUUGGUAUCGAAAUGACCAGCAAGUUGACGUGACUUAUACGACUACAGGACGAGAAUCGACUAAUACGUUGACAUUUCCGGUCGAUUCAAAUGACAAUAAUGCCAUCUACAGGUGUGAAGCUACAAACUCAGUCAGCUUGAAGCCAAUGAUAGCCAUGGUUAAACUGACAGUACAAUUUGCACCAAGCAAGGUAACAAUCAUGGGCCCUAAAGAAGCCCAAGAAGGAGACUCCGUUACUAUGUUUUGUACGACAGACCGCAGCAACCCGCCUGCAGAUGUAUCUUGGGUGGUUGAUGGUAGACCAGUCCAAGCCGCCAGCAGCAGUGUUGCAGAUCCUAGAGGUGGUUGGGUCACUACUUCCAACGUCAGUGUGACCAUCACGGGGCAUGAGCGAAAUAUGAAAAUGUUUUCCUGCUAUGCUGUUAAUCAAGCUCUAAGUGAAACUAUGGUUGAAACAGCUGUGGUUAGCGUUUUAUAUGCUCCCGAUGCUCCCGUUAUCAUGGGAUACACGGAAGGCACUCCCAUCGAAAGAGGUUCAACUCAAACGAUGACAUGCGUUUCUCAAGGUGGAAACCCGUUACCUACAAUCAGGUGGUUUAGAAAGGACAAAGAGAUCUCUUCUUCUACUACCACUAAUAACAACGUUGUUUCCGCUGAAGUAUCGAUUACGGUAGACGAUAACGAUAACGGAGUGGAGUAUCGAUGUGAAGCGUCGAACACAGCAUCAUUACUUUCUUUGAUUGCUACAACGCGUCUAACUGUUUACUUUCCACCGUCAGCUGUGAACAUAAAAAUUAAACCAAAGAGACCAAAGGCAGGACAAAAAGUAACCUUAAUAUGUGAAUGCGCAAGUAGUAAUCCACAGGCUGAAAUAACUUGGUGGAAGGAUGGUUUUCUGAUACUUGGAACUCCUGAUGGUGUGUUCGAAGCUCCUAAUGGAGGUCGUUCCACGAAAAACAUUCUUCAGAUAAAUGUAUCCUCCUCAGAUGAUGGGGCAGUCUAUACGUGUCAAGCUACUAAUACUGAACUCAAACAAAGCGCACAUGAUGCUGUAACCAUCAAUGUUUUGUACAAACCCGAAUUCGAACCAAAACUGUUGCCACAGUAUGACGUCAUAGAAGGAGAGUCUGCAGCCAUUAAUGUGUCUGCCAGAGGGAACCCCAAUGUGAUUCAAUAUUCCUGGAGCAAAGCAAUCAGCGGGACAAAGUCUUCCUUAAUGCCAGCAGAUUCUAAUGAUGUGGCAGUUUCUCCAGUUCUGGCCAACGGACCAAUUUUCAACUUGACUAAUGUCAGGAGAGACCAAGGAGGCCAGUACAGGCUGGAAGCAAGCAACGAGGAAGGAAGCAGCUUUGCUGCCGUUCAUUUGAAUGUACUCUAUUCAGCGUCAAUUACCAUGGCAACUGAUCUUGCUUUGGUUGAUCAGGGCUCCAACGCUUUUUUAGAGUGCCAAGUAGAUGCCAAUCCGUUAGGUGAUGAUGUUAUUCGAUGGGAUCGCGCCAACUUUGACAUGUCCAGAGCAAGACAGAGUUUUGAAAACGGGCGAUCUUAUCUCAUUAUCAAUAAUGUCACGAGAGACGACUCUGGCGUAUUUCUUUGCAUUGCAGACAAUGGAAUAGGUGCUGAAGCGCAGAAAGCCUCUACUCUCAUAGUAAAACAUAAACCAGCAAUAGAACGUUCUGGAGCUCAUUCUAAAGCAGCUGGAACUGAAGGAGAAGAUGUUCGAAUAAUCUGCAGGGCAACAGGAGCACCUAAUGUUUCAUUUACAUGGUUCCGUGAUGGGUCAGCUGUUCCGAAGAGACCAUCAAAGUACGAAAUAAAGAGUCGACAUUUAGAUUUCAUCAGUUAUGAAUCCAUCUUGACGGUGAAGGACUUAAAGACCCAAGACUACGGUGAUUAUGAAUGCAUUGCCAAAAAUGAUUUGGGAUUCGAAAGUUAUAAAAUUCCCCUCGGACAGAAAUCUGCACCAGAUCCACCACUAUCACUUACUGUCCUAAACGCAACUCACAAUACAGUACUCCUAUCCUGGGUUCCUGGCUUUGAUGGAGGUCUCCAGCAAUCUUAUCGUCUUCGGUGGAGAAAUGCCCAACGCCCACCUGACGGGCCACAUACCAUGAUUGAAGCAGGAAAUGCCACGAGCAUAUCAGUAGGGGGUCUUGAUCUUGGCACAGAAUAUGUUUUUGCAAUUAUGGCACACAAUGCCCUCGGUGGAAGUGCAUACCUGGAAGAAGAAGCUUACGCCAUGACGCUAAGUGAAGCCCCACUUGGUGAGACUGAAAAAGUGGUGGACGAAGCCUUAGCUGGGAAAGGAGACAUCCCUCGCAUCAUCAUCAUCACCGUCUCCGUAGUCGGAUCUUGUCUACUCAUCCUCAACAUUGUCCUCGUCGUGUGCUUCGUCCGCAAGCGUCGCAAGAAGCGUCUCGAAGAAGGUAGGGCAUCCGAAGACGGCGAACAGCCUCUCUGUCUCUUCUCGCUGGAAAGUGACCAUUCCAGCAGCAAGGCGGCCACCAUAGAAAUGUACGCUCCCAGUAGCUACAAUGAGGGUCUAAAUGGCGAGAGCUUGAGCUGCAAUUCUGAGAAGAGUGACAACUACUCAGACGGACACAGCGCUGGGGGAUACUCGGAGGAACAGGUUAAAGCUGAAACCACAGCCUACAUUAGUGCUCACUCUGAUGGAACUUAUAUCCCUGAUUCUUCAAUGCCUUAUUAUUGUCCCUAUCCCUACCCUGAUCAAGUCAACUUGGAGGACAGAUACGACCGUGGUGGUGGUGUUCCCAAUAAGCUUUUAUAUGGAACAGAAGAGGAUUUUUAUACAAGCGCUCUAAGGAGGAAUGCCUAUAACUUGAAACUGGGCGACAGACCCGACACAUUUGAAAAAGGGGUCUACCCACCCCCUCCUCCUGGUCGCACUGCAGCAAGUGGUGCAGAAAUGCAUUACAAUCCUGGCAGCGACCACUAUGUUCCAUAUCCUCCAGGCGGACCAACCUCCUCCAAGCCCUCACCGGCUCUCAGCACUUUCAAUCCUCAUGCGCAAGGUGUCACACACUCCCCGGUGCAUUCGACGCCCAAUCAGUGCAAUCACAUGCCUCCCGGUGGCCCACCCGGGGAGCUCGAUGGACAUCUCGUCUGA